CUUGCGCUCCAGGAAUCUGAGCUCCUGCAGCAGCUCAUCAGUCCGACGGGGGGCGGCAGUAUCCCAGUAACUCACUUCUUGAAGAUGUGUAGGUGGGAGGAGAUUCGCGUUCAAAAUCUUUUUGACUCUACCGACUUUCCGUAGCGCCUUAGCCCGCUCGAGUUUCAAUGCGCGUUGUUGCUGGACGAAGCUGAGUCCUAUACGGAGCUCGCAGCUCUCUCGAUCAUGGCUUCUUCGAGUUCCUUCACCUAUUAUUGUCCUCCAUCUUCCUCCCCUGUUUGGUCAGAACCGCUGUAUAGUCUGAGACCUGAGCACGCGCGGGAGCGGUUGCAAGACGACUCAGUGGAAACAGUCACGUCCAUAGAACAGGCCAAAGUAGAAGAGAAGAUCCAGGAGGUCUUCAGUUCUUACAAGUUUAACCACCUCGUACCAAGGCUCGUUUUGCAGAGGGAGAAGCACUUCCAUUAUCUGAAAAGAGGCCUUCGACAGCUGACAGAUGCCUAUGAGUGUCUGGAUGCCAGCCGCCCCUGGCUCUGCUACUGGAUCCUGCACAGCUUGGAACUCCUCGACGAACCCAUCCCCCAAAUAGUGGCUACAGACGUGUGUCAGUUCCUGGAGCUGUGUCAGAGUCCAGAUGGUGGCUUUGGAGGGGGCCCUGGUCAGUACCCACACCUCGCACCGACAUACGCAGCUGUCAACGCGCUAUGCAUCAUCGGCACGGAGGAGGCCUACAAUGUCAUUAACAGGGAGAAGCUCCUUCAGUACUUGUACUCCCUAAAGCAACCCGAUGGCUCUUUUCUCAUGCAUGUCGGAGGUGAGGUGGAUGUCAGGAGUGCAUACUGUGCUGCUUCAGUAGCCUCUCUCACCAACAUCAUCACUCCAGACCUCUUUGAAGGCACGGCCGAAUGGAUAGCCAGGUGCCAGAACUGGGAAGGCGGCAUUGGCGGGGUGCCAGGGAUGGAAGCCCACGGGGGCUACACCUUCUGUGGCUUGGCUGCACUGGUGAUCCUCAAGAAGGAACGUUCUCUGAACCUGAAGAGCUUGCUACAAUGGGUGACCAGCCGGCAGAUGCGGUUUGAAGGAGGUUUUCAGGGCCGCUGCAACAAGCUGGUGGAUGGCUGCUACUCCUUCUGGCAGGCAGGGCUCCUGCCCCUGCUGCACCGAGCCCUCCAUGCUCAAGGUGACCCUGCCCUCAGCAUGAGCCACUGGAUGUUCCAUCAGCAGGCGCUGCAGGAGUACAUCCUGAUGUGCUGCCAGUGUCCAGCUGGGGGUCUUCUGGACAAACCCGGCAAGUCACGUGACUUCUACCAUACUUGCUACUGCCUGAGCGGCCUCUCCAUUGCCCAGCAUUUUGGAAGCGGAGCCAUGUUGCAUGAUGUGGUCAUGGGUGUGCCCGAGAAUGUUCUGCAGCCCACACACCCUGUGUACAACAUUGGACCUGAUAAGGUGAUCCAGGCCACCACAUACUUUCUGCAGAAGCCAGUCCCAGGCUUUGAGGAAUGUGAAGAUGAGGUGACCUCAGAUCCUGCCACCGACUAGAGGAUCCCAUGGCUCCCCCAGCUCCCCCAGCUCCCCCGCCAGACAAGGUUUCUCCGAUUCUGUGUAUAGCACAGCUUUGUGCUACUUGAGCCUUGGCCACUGUGGAGUUGUGGUUUCUUUGUCCUUUCCUGUCAAACGAAACAAAGCCAUCAGCUCUGGGUUGGAAUACACGGUGGUGUGAUUUUUAAAAUUAUUUUCAUACCUGUCAAACCAAAACACUGGGAGCCAAUGUAGCAAGCCAGGUUGGAGAGCAGUGCAUGCUGGGAAACAGCACCCCCCCGCCCCCAGCAGCUAGGCCCACAAUGCUGAAAUGGAAGGCAUCUGUGAGUAUCUCUGCAUCCCAGCCACUGCUGUGACCUCCCCACUGCUGUGACCCCUCACUGCUGUGACACCACCGUUCAGUCACCAGAUGGGCAUCCUCUCUGGUAUAAAUGUCAGCUCUGUGCAAGGGUUGGACCGUGGGUCCAGCCAAUAUGAGCUCUCUGGAACAGAGCACUUGGGCUCCAGUAGGCAUAUUUAUGCUCGUCUCUUUCACCCCAAAGGACAGGGGCCAGGAAUGAAGGGUCUUAGGUUGAGCCCUCCCCACAACCUGGGGAAAACUGAGUCAUCUCUCUCUCUGAGGCCAUGUUUGGUAUGAGCAAGAGUUGUUUUGUCCUUGGUAUGAUGACUACACCCAGGUAAUCAAUUAUGAGUGGAAAACCAACCUCUAGGUCAACUCUGUGCCAGAGGAAGCAGCUUCCCCCAUGCCUAGCCCCACCUCUCCCCAUCAUGUACCAGGAGAGGCCCUCCUACGGCUGUGCUUCGGCCCAGGCUCCUUCCAGUCCUUUCUCCCCACCCACCCCUCCAAGACAGUGCUGUCUCUUCUCAUCCAGAGUGUUAACACUACUAAGGCUUUCACCUUAAUUGAUCACUCAGGAUUUACUCCUGCCCUGUCCACUCCAGGCUCUGAAACAGACAGAGUCAAAUGCUGGGCAAGCUGGCUGCUGUCGGGACAGUAGCCUUGUGUGCCGAAUUGUGGAACUGCCCCUGCAGCAGCCCUUUCACGGUCUGCAGCUGCUGAGUUUGGUCAUCCAUCCACUGCUACAGUCAUAGCAAGCUCCUGUCACUGUCCCAGUCUGUGUGAGCUUGGAGAUGCACCAUGAGGUUCUUUCCCAAACCACUGGCCAUUUGCUGCCUCUGACUCCCUAUUGCUUUGGUGUACUGGAACUAUGUAUUGCCUCCUUGAAAUAAUAAAGAGUAACAUUUUCUA